GUCUGCUUGUCAGGAAGGAGCUGAAGGGAAGACAUGACCGGAGAUUUGGAAGAGGGGGUGUAGGUAAAGAGGUAUUUUCAUUGGGAACGUACAUCUCUGCAAACCUUUGACCUGUGACAGUGACAGAGCAGUGGCUGUGGUAAGAAGAAAAUGCUGGGAUCUGAACGUGAAGUAGUGGAAGAAUGGCUUUCGGAAUACAAGAUAUUACCCGAAACCCACCUCAUUGCAUAUGCUGCAACCCUUCAUCGCAAGAAAUCCAUUGUGGCAGCUCUAUAUAAAGUAAUCCAAGAACCAAAUAAUGAGCUUUUAGAACCAAUAUGCCACCAGCUCUUUGAGCUCUAUCGUAGCUCUGAAGUACGACUAAAGAGAUUUACAAUGCAGUUCCUGCCAGCGCUUAUUUGCAUUUACUUGCGUCACACUUCCAGCCGUGACCGACAAAGCAAUGGGUGCAUUGAAGCUCUCCUACUAGGCAUUUACAACCUGGAGAUUGCUGACAAAGACGGAAAUAAUAAGGUUUUAUCUUUCACCAUACCUUCAUUAUCCAAGCCCUCUGUAUAUCAUGAGCCCUCAUCUUUAGGAUCCAUGGCUUUGACAGAAGGGGCGUUAAGCCAGCAUGACCUUAUUAGAGUAGUUUACAGUGAUCUUCACCCACAGAGGGAAAUGUUUACUGCGCAGAACAGAUUUGAAGUUCUAAGCUUUCUUAUGCUGUGUUACAACUCUUCCAUUGUCUAUAUGCCACCUUCCUCAUACCAGUCAUUAUGCAGGAUGGUUUCCAGGCUGUGUGUCAGUGGCUUCCCGAGGCAACAAGAGAAGCGCUGGAAGGAUCUGUGUGGCAGAGUUCUACUUGACCCUGGCUUCAUGGUGCAGAUACUGACAGGAGUCUAUCAUGCCAUAUACAAUGGUGAGUGGGACCUGGGACAGGAGGUCCUGGAUGACAUAAUAUAUAGAGCCCAACUUGAACUUUACUCGCAGCCCUUGUUGGUUGCAAAUGCUAUGAAGAACUCACUGUCGUUUGAUGCCCCAGACACCUCACAGCAAGGUCAGAAAGUCUUAAAGGUGGAGGUUACCCCAACAGUUCCUCGAAUAUCUCGAACCGCUAUCACCACUGCCUCAAUCCGCAGACACAGAUGGAGGAGAGAAGGUCUGGGAGGCACAGUUGGUGGAGAGGACUUCAUGAACCCGAGUGAUGCUGAUGAUGGUUUUGCAUCUGGUGUAUUGGUUAGCAACCAGCCAAUGGGAUCCAAACAGACUUCAUCAACUCAGGGAAAUGGCUCAAGAAAAGGUGGUAGUGUGUAUUCAAUCAAAGAGAGAGAACAAUCCACACAAGCAAAGCCUACUGAAAAUCUUUGGGAUUCAACUCCUAAAAAGUACAUUUCCAAGCCUCCAGAUACCACAAUUGAAGGGACAGAGUUAUCACCAAUGAAGAAGCGCUUGAGCUUUCCAGCUGGUCAUAUGGGGCCAAAAAACAAUAGCUUAAGUUUAAUUAGAACCUCCAGCACCUCAUCCACUAAAUCUUUUGACUAUUUAAAUGGCAGUCAAACUGGUUGUAGUGGUGGGAGUGAGGGUGCUACCAAUCUAUCUUCCGGAAGUACCAAUCGUUUCUCUACUAUUAGCCUGCAGGAGGACCGGCUAGGCCACACAGGAGAGAAUAAAGAUCUCCUGUCUACUGCUGCCCUUUUGACCAAACAGUCUCGAUCCCCUAGUUUUAAUAUGCAGUUAAUUUCCCAAGUGUAAUUUUGUACUCCUAGAAUAAGUGGUGCAUCUUUGCACGGAAACAAAUAAUUCCUAUUUUAAAAUACGUGAUUCCCUAUUUCUUUUAGGUAAAUUAUAUAUAUAUCUAUAUAUUUAUAUAU